UACGACAGGGAUAAAUUAAUUUUUGUUUACAGCUACGCAUCUCCAGAGACCGCCCACAUCUGGAGCCCUGCUGCCAGCAGCUCUCAGCUCGUGGCUACCGCAGGUUCAGUCAUCUGCCAGUCAGCAGAAACUAAGACUCCAGUCACUCCAGCUGGAGCGUGAACGGCUCAAACUGCGGCAACAAGAGAUAAUGCGUCAGCAAGAGCUGAUGAUGCGCCAGAGCACGACAGACUCAGGAAUGGACCCCUUUCUGUCCGGACUCACAGACCACGCGCGCCAGGAGUCGGCCGACAGUGGGCUGGGCAUGAGCAACAACUACAGUCUGCCACAUACACCUGAGGACUUUCUGUCCACCAUGGAUGACAACAUGGAUGGUGUCAGCGAGGGAGGAACCCCGGGGCCGGCAGAUAUCGCCUUGGACUCGCACGAGAUGACUUCUCUGACCGAUAACAUCGACUCUACGGAUGAUCUUGUUCCAUCUCUACAGUUGGCAGCUGAUGAUCCUAUAUUCCCUGCCAAUAUCUUCGGUGGAAGCAUUUUGUAAAUGAGCUUGGAGAAGAGUUCUCGUCGGACAUCUUGGAUGACGUUCAAGCACUAAUCAACCCCAAAGUGGACAAUGGGCUCACCUGGCUCUGAUCGGAACUAGCUGACUAUGUUCUCUUCUCUUUAGUUUGUAUCAAAGCAUUUUUACAGUUCUCUUAUCAUAUCGUAACUGUUAUAGAAGAUAUUCUACUUUUACACCAUUUUUAAAGGUUUUAAGGAUAUCAUGUGUUUGAUGAAGUAGCGUAAGGGAAUCGUUUGUUUGAACACUAUGAACUGUGCUCGUUUUCAAGUUUAAGUUUGUGUUUAAAAUAGAUGUUUAUUGCACUGUUAUGUAAUUCACCGAAAGCUAUAAGUCAUGUUGGUUUGCUAAUAAAACAGGCAGAGACAAUUUUUGAUAAUUUGAGAACGUUUCAUCCUAUUCUGUUAAUUAUUGUUGCUUCGAUUUCGUAACUUUUUUUCUGUAUUGUUAAGUUUAAUAGCCGUAUAUUGUGUUGAAACAGUCGCUUUGAUAAAAUUUGCAUUUGGAUUCAUUAUUACAUAGUUAUUGUAUUGUUAUAAUUUUAAUGAAAGUUGAAAGCUAUUAGGAAUAAGGUUUGAGAAAUUUAUAUUGUGUUUAGAGUCGGUAUUGUCUCUGUACUUAUGUUGUUAGACAAUGUACAUCCGUUGCUGGACUAUCACAAUUGAUUCUUCAGAAAAUUGUGGUUAAUAAUAAUUCAAAUCGAUGAAGAAUCGUUGGCCGUAAAUUAGGUCUAUAUUUUUAUAAUAUAAAAUGUAGAUUAUAUUUUGUAAAAAAUGCUACUCGAUGUAAGUUUAUAGAUUUUACAUAUUUAGAUACAUCUUCUGCAUCCAGCAUUACAAUAUAUAACUGAACAAGCAGUAUUAAAGGUAAGUGAGGGUCCAGCAGCUCCAGGUACAAAGUCCCCCACUGAGGCAGCUAUCUCUCUGGCUGCUCAUUGUUAUCAGUAUUUAGUUUAUCUACGUAUUACGUUUGUUGUUCUUUGUCAGAUGAUUAUUUUUGUUAUAAACUGAUUGUCGUAGCUGUUUGUAACGGUUCAGUAGUGGCCAGGCAGGGUUGCUCACCCUUGCGUACGCAAGUGUUGAGACAGCUGUGUCCGGCCGGAGUAGCGCUCACUUGUCUCCUUCGGAGCAAUAACGUAGCAAUAAAACAAUAUCUAGCUGACAAUAACCGUCACAGAUUGCUCAACCCCUUGCCUCCGUAACUAAUCCAUCCAUUGUCUGUGCCUUGCUGUUGUACAUAUAUUAGCAAUACUGUUAUACUCAUCUGUUAGUCGGUAAGUCAUUAUUACGUUCUAUGAUUGUAAUCAAAUUACAAAGAUGCAGCUAUGUUGUAGAUUAUGUUGUAACUAACAUAUCGCAAGGAAUUGCAAACAGACAAUCAUGUUUUUGUACAAAGCCAUAGUUGUAAGUCGUGUGCCUUCACCCUGUGUAAGGUAGUGUAGUUAGUGCCUUUCUCUCUCACCUUCGUGUCUUAUUCCGGGCACUAUCAGUCCGGAUGACUCUGCCUUUCGCUUAUAUACACUGUUUUGCACUGUCUGUCACUUUAUCCUGUUCGUUGAGAAAUAGUGUGGGAUUUUUACAUGAUAUGUAUAACUACAAUAAUAAAGAAAGUAUGAACAAGAAAUAUUCACAUUUAUUAUAUUGACUGAAAUUUAUGUUACAUGUUUGAAGAUGUAUAAUAGUUUUCUCAGAUUUACAGAUAUCCCGGGAUAAUUUUAAUUUCCUUUUUGAAAUUAAUUUAGAAUAUCUGCUUCAGUGAAUGUGUAAAUUUUAUACUGUAAUGUUGUUAGUUAGAAUUAAAGCAAAAUUCAGUUAGUUUGUCAACGGCUUUUUAUUUUGAACUUUAUUUAGAACAUUUACAAAAAUUUGAAAUAUUUAAACAAACUAUGUUUGAAGUACAGUAUACAGUAAGUAAAGUUAAAUUUUGAAACUAUUUCUCUUUCACCAUUGCUUAAAUCCCAUAUUUUAUUUAUUGCCAAUUUUAUUUCUAGUUCUGGAUCUGGCCAUUUUAUAGUAAUCUAGAUCUAGAUCUUUAUCUUUAUUAAUGAUUAUAAAAACACAAGUGACAUUAUUUAAUUAAGUAAGGGAGAUUUAUUUUUAAGAAAAAGAAAACUAAAACGUUUUAUUUUUAGAACUAUUUGCUAUUGCAUAGACUGAGGUUCAGUGGUUAUGAGAAAUACAUGUUUCAUCUUCUGUGAUAAUUUCGUUUAACAUGUUACAUGUCAUCCUCUUUGUCAUGAAUAAAAAGUAAAAAAAUCAAGGAACUGUCCAAUCUCUUUCGAGGUCCUCUGUGAAGAGUUUGGUUACUCAUUGAGAGGACAUUUUCUGAAUCAUUAUCACCGUAUACUUAACAAAACUGAUGAUAAAUGUUAGUAGCUGACAUGUUUCUUGGAUUAAAAAAUUGUAUAACCUAUUUUACCAUACAUGUGGCGAUGAUUAAAAAAUCUUGAAAAUUUGAAAGUUACACAGUGCAACAUGGUUAGCUGCACAUGCUUGUAAACAAGGGAUGCUUAGACUCGUAAAACUUGCCAGAAUUACAAGAGUAAACAAAAUAAUGGCCCUUACUUAAAAAAAGUUUUGUAUACACAAGUAAAAUAUAUCUUUUAUAUUUUUAUUAAAAAAAACUAAUGCAGACAAAUUAAGACACAACAAAAUUAAAAAGUCAUCAGAUGGUACUUAGGUGCUUUGGUUUUUAAAGACCAUUGCCAAAAUGUUUGUACUAAAAUACAAUAUUCAACUUAAGGCAUCUUUAUUUAUGUAUUCAGUUUACCUGAAUACAAGUUUUAAAUAAUUUAAAAUUAAAAUUAGCCUAGAUCUGAAUUCUGUAUUUUUGUGCUAAGUUCAGCACCAGCCUUUUGACUCUUUCAAACAAUUAUGGGUUCUUAGGGUUACACAACUGGUGUCAUAACUAAGUUUUCCAGUUGAAACUGCGUUGAAACAUUGCUCACACAUUUAAAUUCUAGAAAUAUUUCAGGGAGAUCCAACUUCAGUCUACUGGCAAUGUAGACUGUAGUGUACUACAGUUGGAAAUUACAGUUUAACAUCUGUUGACAAAAGAUUGCUUUCCACAGCAAAUAUAAGUAUUUCUGGAAUAUAAUUAAUUGUGUAAGCAAUGCUUCAACAUGGUAUAAACAGAAAAGCUUAAACGAUUCUUGUUCAAAUCGAAAUUAGUUAACAUUACAUCAGUCAGAUGGCUAUGUUGGAUCCUUUUGUACAGCUAACACCCAAGUCAUUUUUGCAUCAUCAGUGUUUUAUUGAAAAUUAUUCAGGGAAUAUUAAAGGUUCCGUAAUUGUCAUUCACACUUUGUUACUAAAAUAGAAGAUUGUAAUUAUUCAUUAAUAUUUCUGCUCUUCUGACGAUAACUCAAAUAAUCAGAGAAUUUAGUUCAUUUACUUCAAAUGUUACAGUUCCGAUGUCAAUAACCAACCAAUAAACGUUGAUGGCCAGAUCUAGAGUGAAAUGCCAUAUGAUUGCUGUUGCAAUUGUAAUGUAGAAUAUGUAAAGUUGCAGUAGUGACAGAGUAUCAAUAGUUUAGUGUUUUGUAUAGUUUUAGCUUAUAAACCAUCAAUAAAUUAGAUUAAGAUCACCGAACAUCGUAAAAUGAAUUGAAACACUUUCUGUCAUUACAAAGCUUGUACUAAAUGAUCACACUCAAAGAGGUUAUUGAACAUAAGUAAACAUGAUCAACAAUAUUAUUGUAUAUCCUAGAAAAUAUUUUUUAUGACUGUUAAAGGAAGGUAUUGUGAGUUUGUAUGUGUGUUAUAUUAGAUUAUUUUGGCUGAAAAUCUCAGUGGCAGAUUUUUUUAUACAAUUUUGGAAACAAAUUCUUUAUAAAAUAAUAGUAUUUUUGUAACAUGAAUGCCCCAACUUGAAUGUAGUAGUUGUUUUUUUUUACUUUAAUACGUAUUUAAAUAUAAAUAAGUAAAAUAAAGUGAAUAGCAAUAAAAACUAGGCACAGAGUAAGAAGAAUGAAGUGCCAAUUUUUUGUAGUAAGUAGCCUAUACCAAUGUAUAGUGUGAAGUUUGGCACGUUUGUAAGGGUUUGUCUUACAAUGAAAGCAAUAUCCAGUUAUUUGAGGUAAAAUUUAACUAUGGGAAGUAUAAGCCUGGUGACAAGCGUUCCUGUGUUAGUACCAUUGCCCCUAUUCCACCCAAUUCCUAGUACCACACGGAACACUUCAGAUUAUGUCAUAAUUACAUAUUACACGAACAGAAUGGUGCUGUAUUCCUACUUCAUUGUUGACUAUUAAAUGAAAUCUUUUAGGGAAGUGAGAAAUAAUUAUAAAAAUAAAUUUAAAAUCUGUUUCCUUGGACAUAAUUUAUUUUACAGAAAUAUUCAUAACUCAAUGCAUAUGUUCUUUAUGUACAAAACCAGGGCUCAAUUUCAGAGGAAUUAGAGGGCCUCCAUUGCUUCAAAUUCCCUCUAAAAAUUGCCUUUUGUCUACAAAAAUGAACAACAACAUUAAGUAUUAUUAUUAUUCAUUACCAUAAUGUGAAAAAAAUACACAACCGGAUAUAGUGCAUAUACAACUUGAUGAGCCGCAAAACAUUCAUAGUAUAAGCAAAUACUGAUCAGUUUUUUGUGUGCAUAACUAGAAUAGACUAGAACAAUCAUGGUCAAAUCAAUGACAACUUUGAUGAAACAUAGAUGAUCAUGAAAGUGUCUCUCUUUUGUUUUUUGGAGCCUUUAAAUAUGUAAAUAUUUAAAAAAUAUAUUGCAAAAACACAAAUUUUUCACAUUGUGGUUUGAACAUUCAAAUAAAAAAGGUACAUUGAAAGAGCCACAAUUUUAUGGAAAGGAGCACAAGAGAAGGCAAUGUUAUGCUUUAUGUGGAGAUCUUUCUACACCCUUAGAAUUUAAUAUUUAUUAUGUAAAUACUUUUUAAGGCAUCAUGGUCUGAAUGCAUAGAUUGAUCUCCCCUGGGCCGAUCUGGUAGCGUGUUCGUUAUAGAGCCGUACUCUUUUGUAGCUCCCAAUAUUUCAUUCUUAAAUUCUACGUAUAUGAUGGUUUUCUUAAUCUUUAAUUUGUAUAUCUGUAGCCUAUUUGUCAUAUCUAUUAAAUCUAAUAUUGCUGACAGUGUGUCAGGUCAGCGCAGUGUAGCAGCAGAAUUAGUAAAAACGCCUGAUGUUAUAUAGUGGUAGUACACAAGUAAUAUUAGUUAUUCAGGAAUAAAAAGCAUUUUAAGUUAUUAUUUCAAACAUGGUACUCUAAUGCAAGUAUUUUGCCAUAUGCACAUGCACUCACAGAGCUAUGCAUUAAACAGUUUGGGCUUGGAGACCUGAUUAUAACAGUCCUGUCAGAUUUCUUUUCAUCCAAAAAUUAACAAAGGAUACCAAACUGUUAGUAACAAUUUAUUUGAUCAAUUAAUGUAUGUUUUUGUUCAAACGAAUCCUGAAAUUGGUACGAAACAUUAAUAAAGUGGAUAUUAUAAUUUGAUUAGAUUUUAACGCCAUAUUUAUUUGCCAUACUGUAAUUUAAGAGUAAAUCAAUAUUCUUUAUGUUUUACAUCAAAAUAUCAUUGAUCAAGACUUGCGAGUGUAAUUUAUAUAGUGGAAGUGUAAACAGAUAGAUAGAUUUUCAGUUUAUGAAUGAAACUUAACAAUUCAGAAAUACUCACUUUUAUACUGCUACCUGCACUAAAUUACACCUAAAUUAUGACCUAAGGAAAUGUAAUAUGUUACACACGAAAAAGACCUUCUGAUAGGAGUAAAAAUCUUUCUUUACAAAAUUCAGUUUUGAGAUUCAGAAUACACGAUUCUUAAAUCAAUUUGAACAUUGAGUAACAUAGCCAAACUUAACACUCACACUUGUACUGUAAUGAGUAAUAAAUAUGUGGCGUGUUUUAAGUGCCAUGUGAAUUUUCCACCUAUUUCUAGACUUGAUUUAACUCUGCUCAUCUUAACACUUUUCCUGUAACAGUGAAGAAUUUGUUGGGAUGCAAAACAUUUGAUCCCAAAAUCUUAUUUGAGUGAUUCACAAUGUACAAUUUAUGAGUCAUUGAACACUAAGUAACUUAGUCAGACUUGAAACUUAGACUUGGACUGUAGUAGAUACGUGGCAUGCUCAAGUGCCAUGUGGAUUUUAUACUUACUUCUAGACUUGCUGUAAUUUUACUGAUCUUAACACUUUCUGUAAUGGUGGAUAAUUUGUUUGCGUCAAAAUCGAGUGAUCCAAAAAGGAAAAUUAUCAUUUGUCGAGCUUUGAUUAGACUUAGCCAGACUUGACACUCACACUUGGACUGUAAUGAGUCGUAGGAUAGUGGUGUGCUCAAGUGCCAUGUGGAUUUUACAUUUAUUUAUAGACUUGUAAUUUUACUCAUAAAAAAUGUUCUUUAAUCAUGAAACAUUUUCGGAUACAAAUAAUUUUAUCCUAAAAAUUCAAUUGAGUGAUCCACAAUGUAAAUCAUUAGUCAUUGAGCAUGAGUAGACUUAACCAGACUUGACACUCACACUUGGACUGUAAUGAGUAGUAUAUAGUGGUGUGCUCAAGUGCCAUGUGGUUUGUAUGUUUAUUUUUAGACCUGUAAUUUUACUCAUCUUAAAAUAUUUUUGUGAUUAUGAAAAGUCUGUUUGGAUUCAAAUAAUUUUAUCUUAAAAAUUCAAUAGAGUGAUUCAUAAUGUACAUUAUCAGUCACUGAUUAGACAGCCUGACUUGACACUCACACUUGGACUAUAAUGAGUAGUAGGUAGUGGCGUGCUCAAGUGCCAUGUAGAUAAUCCAAGUUUUAUUUGAAUUGUACUAGUUCUUAGAGUUACUAUAAAAUACAAAUAUGAAUAGAAAACAUUGCUUAAGUCAGCAUAAAUAAAUGGGAGUUGAUAUAAAAUUUGGUAUACCAUUCUUUUACAGUGAAUUGAUUUUUAUAGAAAACAUUAUUGUAUUUUACAUUUAUUUUGGCACUACAUUUGAUAUUUUGUAACUAUUUACUUGGUUUUAUGGCAUUUUAAGAUAAACGUAUGGACAAUUUUACCAAGCUAGCUUGAAGCUGAAGUAUGUAUGUAGCUCUUAUUUUUAUGAUUAAUACAAAUUAAAUAUGUCUUAUUCUUGAGUGCUGUGAAAUGUUUGUGAUGAGUGUUAACGGUUUCAGUUAUCAGAUUGUGUUAAUAAAAUGUUGUGUUAUUAAUCGGAAGUCAAUUGAUGAUCUUGUUAGAGAAUUGUUAAACUGAUUGUUAUAGUUCAAAUUUUGCAACUGCACUUUUGUGGGAGCAAGAUAUACAGUGGCCAUCUUACGUUUUAUGUUGAAGUUGUAGAAUAAUAUUUUAUGGCAACUUCAUGACUGCUGAUGGCAAUCAAUGUCAUGUUGAGUGGAAUUUGUUGUUGGCAUUUAAAAGAACCAAAGUAAAAUUAUAAAGUUGCUUUACUUUCAUGUUCGUAUCCGAUUUGAUUUAAAUUGAAAAUUUGUAAAGUUAUUAUUAAAACAAAUGAAAGUUGUGGCUUACUAACACUUCUGCUGCCUUACACUUACUGUGGUGUGCCUUGUAUCGUCUUGUAAAUAUUACAUUUAUACACUCUUGAUGUUUAUCAUUGUAUUUAUAAUUGAAUUUGUGUAUAUUGUUUAGCCAAAAUUUAUUCUUCUGUUUUGUACUCAGCAAUAACACUUCUGUCAAUAUUUUUUUGUAAAAUAUUGUGUCAUGUAUUAAAAAGAACUAUUGUUAUUAAAACUAACUAAUUAUAAAUAUAUAAUGCCUCUUGAUGUAAUGAUUCUAACAUACAGAACUUUCUUCUUUUAGUGUUUAAGCUUUUUAGGGAGGUUAUACUAUGACAGUCUUCAAUUAUUAUUUGUAUUACACAAUAAAUGCCUUGUUUUUCUAAGUA